ACCAUGAAGUUGGUCAUAUGGGGUCUGGCUCCCUUAACUACUAGGCUAGAGACUGACCACCUCCCUACGUUUCUACUAUGUUAAACUCUCUGUUGCCAGCACAGCAGGCAAGCAGUAAGCAGUUUCUAUUUUAUUGCAUUCAGUAUUACCAUAUGUAUCUCUACACUUCUAAUGUGCAUAAUUCCAAAUCCCAGAGUCAAGCCUAAUUUAUAAUGCUUGACUUUAAACACUUUAGAAUUAAAGACUAAAGUUAAUUAAAUGUUCAUGAUAGGAAGAAGAGCUUAUAUAAUCACAGAUUUUUUUUGAUUUAUGCUAUUCUUCAAAAUCGAAAUGAGGUUUAUGCUUUGAUAAGUUUUCUCUGAAAACAAAGCAAAAAUAAUGUAUUUGGGGUUCACAGGCAGAGUACAUUCUCUUAGAUCAAGAAUGACAGCAGCCCUGUGAAAACAGGUCAUUCGCAUGUCUCCUUAGCAUUUUCAGGACACAUUCAUGCACUCAUCUCCACAUCCACCAAGGCUUCUUUGCAAAUCCACUCAGAAUCCAAGCUGACUCCCUGGUGGAUAGGACAGACUGGUUUUAUGCAGUCAGAGAGAUGGAUUAAUGAUCUCAGCAAAAAGCUGGCAUGUUCAAGAGAUUUAAUUUUUUUUUUUUAUGUAACAGUUUUAGCCAAAGCUGUUCUAGGAUUCGGCGGAAGCAGAGUUUCACAGGAGGACAAACUUCUUGACUAAUGGCCAAUCACUAAGCAGCAGGGAGGGCAAAGCCUGGUGCUUGUGUCACAGCUGGUGGGUGGGGGGUUGGGGGUGGGACAGGCAUCGGAAUCAAACAGUAAAUCAGGAAAUCGGCCUUGCCAGCCAUGCCCUCACAGCCCCUCCGAGAAGCACCAUCAAGAGGAAGCAGACUGAAUCAAUGGUCAAACCAGGGGGAAUCUGCCCCUCCGCAGGUUACUGGAAAGCAGCUUGUUGCAUCAUAGACAUUGACAAAAUGCCUUAUUUUCCAAGAUUUAUUUGGUUCUUGUUUUGCCUGAUGGUUCUGGUGGAGAGCAGAAAGCCCAGGAGGAAGAGAUGGACAGGGCAGCUGGAAAUGCCCAAGCCAAGUCACCUCUAUAAGAAGAACCUUGAUGUGACCAAAAUCCGAACAGGAAAACCUCAGCCGCUUCUCAGAGUAGACGACCAUGACUUCACCAUGAGGCCUGCCUUUGGAGGCCCUGCCAUCCCAGUGGGCGUGGACGUACAGGUGGAGAGUUUGGACAGCAUCUCCGAGGUGGACAUGGACUUCACCAUGACCCUAUACCUGAGGCAUUACUGGAAGGAUGAGAGGCUGGCCUUCCCCAGCACCAACAACAAGAGUAUGACUUUCGACGGGCGGUUGGUGAAGAAGAUCUGGGUCCCUGAUGUCUUCUUUGUUCACUCCAAAAGGUCCUUCAUUCAUGACACCACCACUGACAACAUCAUGCUGAGGGUGUUCCCCGAUGGCCAUGUGCUCUACAGCAUGAGGAUUACAGUCACUGCAAUGUGCAACAUGGACUUCAGCCACUUUCCCUUGGACUCUCAAACCUGUUCUUUGGAGUUGGAAAGCUAUGCAUACACAGAUGAAGAUCUGAUGCUGUAUUGGAAGAAUGGAGAUGAAUCUCUGAAAACAGAUGAGAAGAUCUCCUUGUCGCAGUUUCUGAUUCAGAAGUUUCAUACAACUUCUAGACUGGCCUUCUACAGCAGCACUGGCUGGUACAACCGUCUGUACAUUAACUUCACGUUGCGUCGCCACAUUUUCUUCUUCUUGCUCCAAACCUAUUUCCCUGCCACCCUGAUGGUCAUGUUGUCAUGGGUGUCCUUCUGGAUCGACCGCAGAGCUGUGCCAGCCAGAGUCUCACUGGGGAUCACGACGGUGCUGACCAUGUCCACCAUCAUCACGGGUGUGAACGCCUCCAUGCCCCGCGUCUCCUACAUCAAGGCUGUGGACAUCUACCUCUGGGUCAGCUUUGUGUUCGUGUUCCUCUCGGUGCUGGAGUACGCCGCUGUCAACUACCUGACCACGGUGCAGGAGCGCAAGGAACGCAAACUGCAGGAAAAGGAGAAGAUCCCAUGCAUGUGUGGAAUGCUUCACUCAAAAACUAUGAUGCUGGAUGGAAGCUACAGUGAAUCUGAGGCCAACAGUCUGGCUGGGUACCCAAGAAGCCAUAUUUUGACAGAAGAAGAAAGGCAAGACAAAAUAGUGGUCCACCUGGCCCUGAGCAAUGAAGCCAAUGCCUCCAGGAAGAAGGGGCUUCUGAAGGGCCAGAUGGGUCUUCGUAUCUUCCAGAAUACUCACGCCAUUGAUAAAUACUCCAGGAUGAUAUUCCCUGCCUCCUACAUAUUUUUCAACUUAAUUUAUUGGUCAGUGUUUUCCUAGGGGCUCCAAAGCUGUGCUUAGGAAAGGGCAUGGACAUCUGUAGGGCCUGGCCAGCUGCUGGCACAUAGACCUGUUGACCAUGCUCCCCUUAUUAGUAGCAGCAGCAGCUCCUGAACCAGCAUGAGCAGCACCUACUUCCUCAAAGGAGUCCAGGAGCCUCCCUGCUGCCCUUACCCCAGACCUCAUGGGUGUGUUCCUUAUUCAUCCUGGGCUCUUUGUCACUCUUCACAUCUCUCUGGAACUGUCUUCUGUUCUUGGGUGUGAACUGGUUCACAAGAACUCUCCUCUUAUGAAAAAAAGACUCUCUCAGAUACUCUGAGACUCCCGUGAAGUCUAGGAUUCAGUUGUGGAGGGGUAGGGGGAAAUGAAGGACAAGUUUAGAGGCAUUGUGGAAAGGAGACAAGAAAUUAAGAACAAAAGAAUCUGUGAACCCAUACAACUAGAUUAAGUGCCUACCUAGGAAAAAAACUCAGAUAGGAAGUGAUUUGGCCUGUGUGCACCUGGCAACCCACAUGGUUUUGCAAUUCUAGGAAAGAUGAUUCAUUCAAUCAUUCAUUAAAUAUUGAAUUCCCUCUCAGUGACAGAUGCUGUGGAAAGGAACAAAUAGUCUUUACUUCAGAGAACUCCUUGAAGUCAUGUUCAUUCUACACAUGGCAUUAUGCAUUUCUGCCCUUCUCCCUCCUUCAACCUUGCUUACCCCACAGACCCACUUCUGUUUCCUGGCACUUUUAUCCCUAGCUCUGUCUAGAAAAAGCAUUUCCAGUGUCCUGUGAGACCCUCAGCAAACCAGAUCAACACUUCUCUCCUGAAAUCUCCAUGCAGAACAAGUGGAAGGCUGAGGAGAAGGGUGAAAUUUGAGAAUAAAUGAACAAAACUUGGUCUUGGGAGGAAGUGGUCACGGAUCUAUUGUGAAAUUUUGUUUGGAUGCCAUCCUGCCUCUUUUUCUGGGCUCCACUGCAGCAGAAUAGUGUUCUCAAUAAUCCCUGUGUCCAACCCCUGCCUCGAUCACAAGGAUCCCGUCUACUCUAUCCAGGAGGACCCCACACUUUAGAAUGACUUCUCUCUGACUUCCACAUGCCAGUGAUCCUUUCCUCUACUGCAGGUAAUGUCAGAGUUAGGAACGCAAUCUGAUUUAUUGAAUCUACAUUAAGUUGUGAAUGACCAUUUCUCUUCAUUCAUUUUAGGUGAUGGCAGGCUAACUUAAAUGAAUUUCUAAUUAGUGGAAUUUCAGGUGUAUGAAGGAUAUGGUUUUGAUAAGGGACCACUUCUUUUUUUUUUUUUUUUUUUUA